AUGCGUGUCUCCUCCGUUCUUUGCAGUGCAGCUCGCACUCCUCUUAUUCGCUUCGUGGGCAAGCGUUCCGUCCCUAAGUCCAUUGACCACACUCCUCGCGUCCACCCUGCCUCUCCCACCGGCACUCUCCCUGACUCCUUUGCCACCUACCGCGCCAAGGCUCAGCAGCACGGCCCGCUCGGUCGUUCCUCUUUCAACGGCACCAUUGGCGGCCACUCCGGCGCCUCCCUGGGCCCCAUCAAGCCCCAGGCCGGCGAGUUCUUCGACCGCUCUGAGCUCCCUGCGCGUUUCGGCCGUCUCCCCUGGACCCAGGCCGAGAUCGACGCCAUUGAGACUGGCGGUGCCAGCAUGUUCGCAUAA